CUAUUCAAAACUGGGUCAGGUUGGGAGUGUAAUUAACAUUUUUUGCUGCUGAUGCUUGAACUGAAAGGCAUAUCUUGUAGCAAGAGUACCGUGUCGUAGAACGUUUAGGUCCUUCACUUCCUGCCCUAGUCCAUGGUAGUGCAUGGGUUAAAGGGGCGGCCGCGCUAGGUGUGCGAGAAUUGCGCAGUGCCGGAAGCACUGUGGCAGUGCCAGGAACUGCUGUCAGGACCUAGAGAUAUGGCAGCUGGAUCUAGUAUGUGGGUUGGGAGUGUGUACCUCUAUAUAAAGUCAGAUGAGGUUUCCCUUCCCAGAAAAUAUACAGACCAAAAGGCACUGAUCUAUGAAGCACUUAGGAGUGCAAUAUCAGAAUCUACCGGAGGCUGCAGAGAUUCCAUUGAAAUCCUUAAGAUUCAUUCUAGUGACCAGCAGCUUAUCCUGUACCUAAAAUUCUGCGGCCUGGAACCAUGCCAGAUAUUUCUGAAGGAUUAUAAGGAACGCAAGCUGCAGAUGCAGAUCCAGAACAAAUUGGAGAAUUGUUUUUCUGUGGCACAGCUUCCUAUUUUUACAGAACUCAAAAUUGAUACAGGAGAAAUGGACAGUUUACUGGAGAAGGAAGAGCAGUGCCUUAAAUAUAUUAGCCAAAUGAAGCCUACUAUCCAGAAGGAUGAUGAAUUUGCUGAGAUUGAUGAACGGUUAAAGAGCCUUAAAUUGGUUCCACCUUCUGCCCUAGACAGUGAUUUGUCUUCACAGAACUCCAGUCAAUGCUCCCUACCACUUUCGCUCCAUUCCAAUAGGAAUUCCCAUAUUGAAGGCAGCACUUUUUAUUUUCAAGGCGAGGAGUUUGUGGACAGGCCUUUGACUUCUACUCAUAUCCAGCACUUCGCCAAAUCAGUGGGCAGGAAUUGGAAGCUUGUGGGAAGGUCAUUAGGAAAAACCUGUCGUGCAUUGAAUGACACAGCCAUUGAAAAUCUGGCAUAUGAAUUCGACAGAGAAGGUCGCUACGAGCAAGCAUAUCAGUUGCUGCGUCUUUUUAAAGACAGUGAGGGAAAGAAAGCAACUGUACAAAGACUUGUGCAAGCUCUGGAGGAAAAUGGCUUGAACAGCAUAGCCUUUGAUCUGUUAUCUCUGAAUGAAAAUGGACUUGAAUAGUGGAACUAAAAAUAACAUGGCACCCAAGAGCUGGCUACAGGGUGAGCUUUGAAAGAGAACAAGCAGCUUUGCACCUGGAUAAUAUGUGUAGUUUCCUUCAAAAUUAUAUUCUACAUUGAGAACAAUGAUGUUUACCCAAAAAGUCCCAAUGUUCCAUUAACCUCGACCUAUAGAAGGGUAAUGUACAGGUGUUGUAAUUACAAGCAGCGCUAUCAGGUUUGUGACAUCCAUACGAUUUCCAAGGUAUCAGACUUUGGGGACAUUGCUGAAUGUAUAAGGGUCUUUACAGGAGCUUAUGACCCCGUUGAACUUAAAAGAAUUUGUCAGUAUGUGACUUACUAUAUGUGUGUCAUUUUCUGUCAGUUCUGGUUUUACAACAUAGGAUUAGUGAUAAGCGAAUCUGUCCAGUUUGGUUUUUAAACGUGCUUUUUUUUUUUGUGGCCAUUGAGGUCUAUGGGUUUUUUUGUGGCGAAACCUGGCAAAAAAUUUCACUCAUCACUACAUAAGAUCUUAUUUCAGGUUGGGUACUGGGGCAUUCAUUGUGAUUUUGUGGAUAAAUACAACAGAUGUGUGCAUUCACAUCAAACCUAUAUUGCCUCAAGGUGUUAUAACCUUUUAACAGUAGAACUUUUACUUUUUUAAAGAGCAGAUGUAAUAUUUGCACCCUUCAAUUCAUUUUCAUCACAAGCUGCUCUUGGCUCCUGCUUUGGGGCUAUAGUAAACCAAGCAGGACAAUUUAGGUUUCCUAAAUUUACAAACAUAUUUAUUUGGCUCUAAGUUCUGGAAAUACAUAAAAAUAAAUACAUUUAAAUAAUUAAACAAAUACUAAUUGACACAGGUUCAAGAUUGGUAUUUAGGUUUACUUUUCAUUCCACGUGUAGAAAUAGGUGUCUUCUAGCAUACUUAGUAUACAUACAUUCAUAGUGCAGUGUCCAUUAUGUUAAUUUUUUAUUUGUAUGAUCAAAAGCCAAAACCUGGUGCAAUAAAUAUUAAAGGGAUAUAUGACCU